CAGCAAUAAUCCACGAGAGCGCCCUUCUUGGUUGGAUUCUUCAAGCCUUCACAGAGGCAGAUAUCAACCCCCCUCGAGUCAUCGGCAUGCCGCCGCCCGCCGCAGCACUCAUCUUUCUCGUCCUGUCAUCAUGGCGGAUGCUGGAGGUGCAUCCCCCCCACAAAGGCGCUCGCUUUCCCGCAGACCGCCGCGGCGCUGGGUGGCGUCUGCCCGCCCCGCCGCCCGUAGAACUGCUCCCCGCCCCGCCACGCGUUGAGCAGCAGAUGCAUCUGCAGAUGCAUCUGCAGAUGCACGCGGCGAUGCAGCCACUGGCGUUGCUCGCCUUCCGAGUCAUCGGGAACAUCGAGAGAAGCCCGCCCAAGUGCGGCAUGCUGCCGGCGCCAGCGAACACCCACCGACCACCCUCCAGCGCCGAGCCACCUGGCAUCAACGACCACAGAUCUGCAGAUUCAACUCGCUCGGGCGGGUCAAAUCCAUGGUACUUCCAUGAAUGAAGCGCUUUGCAAAGCGACAGAGAGAACAUGCAGCUGACAUGUCUUCUGUGUCCUGACUGACACCAGGUUCAUAUUGGCGCUGUCGGCUGUUUGGGUGGUGUAUCCGGGAUCUCUGUUGCUACUCCUACUGAGGUGACCCCGGCAAGAGCCACUCGAAUGCAUGUAUCUGAACACUCUGAAUGCUUUGCCUUUUGUAGGCCCGCGUCUGGCCAGAGAGACAGAGGCAAGCGCCCGAGGCGAGCGAUCUCACGACGAGUCCGACGCAUCAUUCAGAGGUGCUCCUUCAAAAUAGCGCAGCGAUGUCGAAGGAGCCGCGCUGUCGAUGCCGGAGGGGAGUGCAGUGGGACUGUCACGCGUGUGAAGGGCGAUCCAUCCGAUGCCGUGUUCAAAGUGGGGGAUGAGGUGUGUGGCGCCAUUAGUGGUUGCCUCAAGACCUACGUCACGACCAGAGCAGAUCAGCCACUUUCAUCGUGCCGCGUAUCGCGCCACGUGUCAGGAGGUGUCGACGAUGUCAAAAAGGCCAUAAGCGGUCCGGUCCAUUUCACAAACCCCCGGAGAAUUACACCGCCAUUCAAUUGUUGCGUUGUCCUAAUUGUGGCCGCGAUGCGUUCAGAUUCCAGCUGCACGGCGCCUACGACACCGAACAACAAUGUGCCGAACGAGGCGCCUCUGCAGCAUGUCGCCAAGUCGAGCGGCGAUGCUGGCAGCCCGACGUCGGACAGCUGGCACACACGGUGGGUGAGUGGUCAGCCAUGUCAGUGACGUGCCGAGAGGAGACACGCAUAUAUCUCUGCUGUCCUCGCCCCGCCUGUUUCGUGCAGUGUGUGUUUCCGUGCGUUUUUGAAGCAUCGUGCGCAGCCGUCGGCCUCGGCUCUCAGCAACUAUCUGGCGGUGGGUGAUCGAGAGAGAACGGCACAAUUGAUUCCAAACACCCAGCCGUCCCCGUAUGUGUCCUGUCUGUCUGGGUGGGUGUGGUGUGGCGUGUGCAGGCAUGUGAUGAGGAGCUGUCCCAUUUGCUCUCGGGUGUGGGCAUGACCUAUGAGACAUUCAGCAAAACGUAAGUACACACGUCCACAUGAUAUCCAUCCAUCCAUCCAUCCAUCCGCGUGUGUGUGUGUUGGCCGUGAUCGAUCUACAGCGUGAUGAUCCGGGCGUUUGCUCUAUACGAGAGUUCUAGCCUGGAUGCCCCUGACGAGAAGGGCCUCUACCAGCAGGUGUGCAUGACCCAACAACACAACACACUCACUCAUUUCGGCAUUUCCCCUUCAUCCACACUCUUAUGCAUCGAUGUGAUGUGUGCAUUCAUUCAUUUAUUCAGGCCUUGGCCACCGAGCUGUGCAUUCUGCUGGACGAAUAUUACGCCAUGUCAGACUAGCCACCCACCAGCAUAUCCACCGUAGUCCAUGCUCGUGUGUGUGUGUGUGGGUUUACGUACGUGGCUGCUGGGUUGAUGUGAUGUUUUGACUUGCUGGCUUACAGUCAUGUUUGUUGUAUAGGUUGCCAACCUUGCCUUGCCUUGCUGCCGUCUUGCUGACUCUGAUCAGUCACUUCAAUUGUACAGACAGCCGAGUGCACGGCACGAGGAGAACACACACAGCAGUCUGUCAUGAUCAC